AUGGAUGUCUUGCUAAUGAUCCGACGUAGCAACACGACCAUCUUCACAGACGCCAAGGAGUCCAGUACGGUGUAUGAACUGAAAAGAGUAGUUGAGGGGAUUCUUAAGAGACCCCCAGAAGAACAAAGACUAUACAAGGAUGGCCAGCUUUUGAUGACAGCAAAACCCUCAGAAACUGUGGCCUCACCAGCCAGCCAGCACGAGCUCAGGCCCCAGCGACAGUUGGCUUGGCCUUCAGAGCCAGUGGUGCCUUUGAGCCCCUCCGCAUUGAUCCCUUCUCCAGCCCACCCCCAUGCUCCCAGACGUGAUGAAGCCCCAGGACUCUGA